AGUGGUGUGUUGGAACCAGUUCCUAGUGGCUAAUGAGAGCCAAUUAUUGGCACCUUUUUCCAACUCUAUUAAGUGACUUCAUGUUGGUCCUCCCCACAAACUGGUUGUUAAACAUCUACCAGUGUAGUGCUGACAUGGAUGGUGGAAACCUUCGGAGAGUGAAUUCUCUCUUGACUGUGGCUGUACUGGACAUUUAGGCCUGGUUGGAGAACGCCUUCAAGGGUUUGGCUGACACUGCACUCUGUGGCUAGAAUAUUACUGAGGACUUUGGGUUCUACACUAUCAGGAGGUUGAUAAUGCAGAAAGAUUGAGUGACAAGCUGUGAUGUAUCACUUGGGUCUCAAGAAGAGGCAGGUGCUAGAAGAAAAGGCUUUCCUUCUUCCCUGGCUUCUUAGUAUAAGAAUCGGGCAAGGCUGGGUGGAGAAGUAGGGAGGAUGCCCGUGGCCAAUGCCUUGGAAAGACUUGACUGCUGUGGUUGCAUGUGCGGUCGUGUUGGUACCUCGCUGCAAUCCUCUUCCCCGCCCAGCAUCAGAUGGCACUCUUGCGCCAUCUCCAGGCUGAUGACGCCCCGAGUGGCGACGCUCUAGUCGCCAUUUGUCUAUGGCAGGCAGGGUGGCUGCCUUAGCUGCCGGAGGUUCUGCGCUCUCUAAGGCCCUGGGUGAAGCCCCACCUCUGCUGCGCGCAGCCUGUGGUGCGGGUCAUGGCGCGGCUACCGAAGCUGGCAGUCUUUGAUUUGGAUUACACUCUCUGGCCUUUCUGGGUCGACACGCACGUAGACCCUCCGUUCCAUAAGAGCAGUGAUGGAACUGUACGAGAUAGGCGGGGCCAAGACGUCCGACUGUACCCAGAGGUGCCUGAGGUCCUAAAACGAUUGCAGAGCCUUGGGGUGCCCGGUGCGGCUGCUUCAAGGACAAGUGAGAUAGAAGGGGCCAACCAGCUACUGGAGCUCUUUGACCUCUUCAGGUACUUUGUUCAUCGGGAAAUCUAUCCAGGCAGCAAGAUCACACACUUUGAGAGGUUGCAGCAGAAGACUGGAAUUCCUUUCUCCCAGAUGAUCUUCUUUGAUGAUGAGAGGCGGAAUAUUGUAGACGUCAGCAAACUGGGUGUUACCUGCAUUCACAUCCAGAAUGGAAUGAAUCUUCAAACUCUAAGUCAAGGGUUAGAGACAUUUGCGAAGGCCCAAACUGGGCCUUGAGGUCCAGCCUUGAGGAGAGCCCAUUUGAGGCCUAAACUGAAAGGAAAUCAAGAAG